AUGAAAGAGCUCCUAGAAAGAAAUAAGAAAAAAAUAAAAGAAAAAGAACUGAAAAAAGGACAGGAAAAAAUUAUAAAAAAUGAAAAAGAAAAAAAAUAUGACAAAAAAAAGGAAAUUGAAGAAAAAGAAAGCCAAAAUGAAAAUGAAAAAAAAAAAGAAAAUGUAAUGAAUAAAGUAAAAAAUGUGAAGAAUUUUUUAAAUAUUGAAAAGUAUGAGGAAAAUGAAAAUGUUGAUUUUAAGGAUUUUGUUUUAGGUGAUAUAUCAGAUGAUUACAUAGGAAAAAAAGAGAAAAUUAUUUAUGAUCAUUUUGGGAAUGUUGAAAGAAAAAUAUAUAAUGGGAUGAGAAAAAGUGAACAUUUGUACAAAAAUAAAUUUGAUGAUAGUAAAUAUAAUCAAAUAACAGGAUUAAAUUUAACAAAUUAUUUUCUAGUACCAGAUGAAAUAAGACAUAAAUACACAAAAUCAUAUUUAUUUCAAAUAUCAAAGAGAUUACUAGUUAUGAAAAAACCAUGGAGAUUACCUAAAAAUGUUGAAUUACAAAUUAAUAAUGUAUAUCAUUUAUCUAAUUAUAUAAAAGUAUUAGAAAGAAUAUCAAGUGAAUAUUUAAAUGAUCCACCUAUAAAUUAUUAUUAUAGGGGAUUAGAAUUAUAUAAUAAAAAUGUAUUUGCAAAUAUAGAUUAUCUAUUAAAAAAAGUAGAUAUAAAAAAAAAUCAAAAAAAUGUGAAUUAUAAAAAUUUAAUAAAAAUAAAUGAAUGUUAUUACGAUUUAAGUACAUUUGGUAAAUCACCGAAUUCUAUGUUUUAUCAGUCAUAUGUUAUAUGGGAUAUACAUGGUAAUAAUUUAACUUUAGAAGAAGAAUAUGAAAAUUUUUUCGAAUCGCAAAUUAUUGAUUAUGCUUUUGGUGAAAAAGAGUAUCCAAAUUUAAAAUAUAUUUUAAGUAUUUGUAGUUCUAUAUUAUUAUGGCUAAAUUUCAAUAAAAAAGAUAAUUUUGCUAUUAUAAAUUAUCAUAAAACUAGCUCUUUUAUUUUACUCAUUUUUUCUUGUGUUAUGUUAGCCAUAGAUAAUUCUUUAACAUUAGGUCAAAUUCAAGAAAUUUUAUAUAAAUCAUCAAAAAUAUAUAAUAAUGAUGAUGAUGAAGAGGAAAAUAUAAAUACUGAUGUAUCUUCUAGUUAUUUCACAAGUAAAUAUGACAACAACUAUAUUUAUGAAAAAUCUGAUGGUAUGUUUGAUAUAUUACAUAAAAAAUAUGAUGAAAUAAACUACAGCGAAUUUUCUAAUAAUAAUAAUAAUAAUAAUAGUGGUAAUUAUUUUUCAAAUGCAGAUUAUAAUAAAAAAAGAGAAGCUUCUGAGUCAUGUAAAAUAUAUAAUUUUAAUAAUCAAGAUAAUUUAGAGAAUAACACUAAUUUUAUAAAUAAUUUAAAUAAAAAGGAAAAUCACAAUUCUAAGAAUGGAUAUAAUGAGGAACCUAUUGAAUGUGUUAACCAAAUUCAGUAUCACACGUUAAAUUUAAAUAGUAAAAGUGGAAUAUAUGAUAAUGAAUUAGAUAAUUCUAAAAAUAAAAAAAAAGCAAAAUUUUCAAAUUCUUGGGGUUUUGGACUAAUAAAUAGAGAAACUUAUAAAAAUAGUAAAAGAGUAAAAGAUCAUCACUUUUGGAUGCCAUUUGAUUAUUGGAAGCCAUCUCAUAAAAGAUAUUUUUUUUAUUUCAAUGAGUUAAUAAAAAAUAAGAAUAAAAAAGUGGAAAAUAAUGCUUUUAGAUUAAAUAGCAUGAUUUUUACUGAUUAUGCUUUGUGUUCUGUUUCAAUUGAGGUUUAUGAAAUUAUUUAUAAGGAUAAUGAGGAUUUUAAUUUAGAUUUUUAUUCAGAACAUGAAUCAGAAGAAGGCACAUAUGAAUGCUCAGAUUAUGAAGAAUCAAGAGAUGGUAUAUCAGAAGACGGAUAUGAAGAAUGUGGGUCAGAUAAUUUAAAUGAAAUGAAAUCAGAAUUAGGUGAAGAUGAAAAUAAUGAAUAUAAAUUGAAUUGUAAAAAUUUAUCUGAGUAUACUUUUAAAGAAGAGGGAAAAAAUAAAUUAGAUUCAAAAAUGAAGAGUAUAAAUUUUCAAAAAAUGAAUAGCAAUAAAAGUAUGAUUUUAAAUAAAAAUGACUAUUUUUAUAAAAAUAAUGAGAUGAUUUAUAAAAAAAUUUUUAGUUAUGAUUUUCCGAAUUAUCCAGAAAAUAGUAAUUCAAACAAUCUAAAAAUUAAUUGUGCAUCUAAUAUGCAUUACGAUUUACCAAAUUUUAAGAAAAAAAUGAAUAAAGGUUUAUCAGAAGAAACGCAUAAAAAAGGAUUUAUUACGUUAAAAAAAAAAUUAUUAAGAACAUCUUCUGACUAUAAUUUAAAGAACUAUUUUAAUGUAUAUAAUGAAAAUUCUGCAGGAGAAUCAUUUAGUAAUAGAAAUAAAAUUUCUGAAAAACAUUCAAGAAUAGAAUCAGAAGAAAGUAAAAAAGGAAAUACAGCUGAUCCAUCGAAAACUCGUAGCUUUCAUUUAACAAAUAAAAUGAAAAAAAUAGCUAAUGUUUUUUCAACUCGUAAAAAUUUUUCACAUUGUUCUUCUAAAAUGAGUUCAGGAGAUUCGUUUGAACAUGAAAAUGAAGAGAUGAAUAAAAGUAAAGACUUUAAAAGAAGCAAGAUACAAAAUAUAAUCCAUAAUAAAAAAAAAAUUUUUGAUAACUUUAAAGAAAAUAAAUAUAACUCUUUUUCUUCAGAUAAGUCUAUUAUUUCCAAUGAUAAGAUAAACAUGAAUAAAUUUAUGAAAAAUGGAAAAGUAAUAAUUGAAGAAAAAAAAAAUAAGGAAAAAGAAAAGGGUGAAAAGAAGAAUAAAAAAAAGGAUAAAAAAAAAUAUGGUUUUUUAAAAAAAAAUAGAAAAAAGAAAAAAUUAGAAGAUAAAACAAAAUUAUCAACUUCUAAAUAUGGUUAUGAAUAUUUUUUAAAAUGUAAUAACUUAAAUUAUAAUAUUGUAUCAUCAUAUGAAAAAAAUAAAAAAAAAUACAUAACUAUCGAUUUUACUCAUGACUCAGAAGGGAAUGCUAAAGAACAUAUCAUAUGUGGAGAUAUUUUAAUCCUGAUAGGUCACAAAAAUGUAGAUAAAUUCAGUAAAGGGUUUCCAUGCUCUUUUUCAUUUCAUACGGGUUUUUUAAAAAAAAAUUCUUCAGAAAUUAUUCAUAUAAGAAAAGAUGAUAUAGACAUUAACAACAAUUAUGAAAAUUAUAUACCGGAUAACAUGAAAAUAUCAAUUGUUUUAGAUGUGGCUACAAAAAAAGAUUCUUUAAAUGCUUACAAGAAAUAUUUAAAAAGCAAUAACAAAUUUGAUGAUUUAGAAGAAUUAAAAAAAUUUGAAAAAAAAAAAUUUUAUGUCUCAAAUGAAUGUGAACAUGUAAUACAUAAAUUACAUGAUGAUUUAAAAUGUCCCUGUUUUACCGAAAAAAAUUAUAACUAUUUUGAGAAACAUAAUUCUAUAGAAAAAAAAAAAAAAAAAAAAAUAGAAGAUUGUUGGAGUGAAGAGGAAAUAAAAGAUGAUACAAAAAAAAGAAUAAAUAGUACCGAGUUAAACAAGAAAAAAGGUAAAGAGGAUGAAGAGCAACAAAUACAAGAAAAGGAUGAACAAGAAUAUCAACUUAUAGAAACAAAAGAACAAAAAAAUACUUUAGAAACUAAUGGUAGCAAAAAGUCGGAUUUUAAUUCAAAAAUGCAUUACAAUGUAUAUACAUUGUAUAAUGAAAAAGAAUCAAAAUUAAAAUACAACGCAACUAACAUAACUCAAAUGUUAACAUCUUUAUUUGGGUUUAAAAAUAGAGAAGAUAAAUUUUCAUUAAGUAAAAAGCAAAAUUUGUGUUCCCUUUUAACAUCAAAAAAAUCCAUAUCUAAUUUAAUUUCUUUGAAAGAUUUUUUACAAAGACAAUUUGAAGUUAUUACAAAACCUUCAGAGAAUUUGUGUAGCUUUGUUAAAAAUCAUGUUGUAAAAGUUAGUGUUUCAUUGGUAAAUUAUUUAAAAAAAACAACUAAGUUAUCGAAGUUAAAAAUUCUGUUUUCUUUAAAGUUAUGUAAUAAUGAUUUAAAUAAAUCUCUUAAUUUUAUUUUAUCUGUCUGGGGAUUAGACAUAUUAAAAAAAGAAAAGCCUAUUAAAUACAAAUCAUCACUAAAUGAGGCUCCUGAAUCUAGUUGCGAAUUUAAAAGAACUUUAGAUUAUAAUAAUAUAAUUAGUGAAACAUCAAAAGGUUCAUCAAGAUGCUUAGAUAAUAUUGAAGAUGUAAGUGUUAAAGAUUGUUUAAGACACGUAAAUAUUGCAUAUUAUGAAAAAAAUAAUUAUUAUUUUAAAAGUAUUCAUUUAAAAAAUGUAAAAGAGCUCGAAAGUGAAGAAAAUAUUUUGAAAAUAGAAGACAAGGAAAAUGAGAAAUCAAGUUCAUUUGAUCAUCUAAGAGAAAAUGUUCAUAAUAAAGAAGAAAAAGAGAUAAAAAAUGAAACAAAAAAUGAAUAUUCAAAUAAAGAAACUUCAGAAAUUACAAGCAUUGAUGGAAUAAAAAUUGCUAAAUUUCAUAUAGACAAAUCUGAUUAUGAGGAGAAAGAAGAUCAAAUUAUUAAUAAAAAAAGAGAUUAUAAUUUUUUAAAAAAAGAAAAAGAUAUAUAUGAUAUAAAUAAAGAAGGAAAAUUAAAAAAUAAGGAAAAAGCAAUAAAUGACAUUGAAAUAGGGGAUGAACAAUUAAAAAAGGUAAAUCAUAUUAAGAAUGAUGAUCAUGUAUUAAAAAAAAUAGGAGAAAAAAAAUUUUUUUAUGCAAAAUUUCCAAGUGGAGAAUUGAUUAAAUUAAAAAUUAAUGAUUCUUCUCCUUCAAGUUCUCAUGAUAAUAUGCCAUUAUUAUUCAUUGAGCCUGUUGAUGAAUCAGAACAAUUAAUAUAUACAUUGAAUUCAAAUCAAACUCAAAAAUCAAAUAAAAAAGAAAAUAUUAUAAAUAAAGAUAAUUUAAAUAAAGAUUUUUUAAUUAAUGAUAUAACAAAAAUGUACCGAAAAAUUAAUGAAAAAAAUUGUACUGAAUCAACAUUAAGUAUUGUAAGUGAUAAGUCUACCACUUCUACGUAUUCUACAUCGGUUGUAGGAGCAUCUUUAAUUUCUUUUUCCAACUUGAGAGAAAAAGAAAUUGAAAAAAAAAAAAUUGAAGAAAUAGAGGUUGAAGAGAAAGAAAUGGAAGAAAAAGAAAUUGAAAAGAAAGAAAUUAAAGAAAAAGAAAUUAAAGAAAAAGAAAUUGAAAAGAAAGAAAUUGAAAAGAAAGAAAUUGAAAAGAAAGAAAUUAAAGAAAAAGAAAUUGAAAAGAAAGAAAUUGAAGAAAAAGAAAUUGAAAAAAAAGAAAUUAAAAAGAAAGAAAUUGAAGAAAAAGAAAUUGAAAAAAAAGAUUAUAAAUUAGUUAAUGAUAAACAAAAGACAGCUAAUAUUGUUGAAACACUGUUAAAAAAAUCAAGAGAAAAAAAACCUCCACCACCACUUCCUGCUUCAUUAUUAAAAGCUUCUAUUUUGAAAGAGAAAAUUGAUAAUACACCAGGAGAUGUAAAAGAAGACACUACUAUAAAGGAAAUGAUAUCUAAAAAUGAACUUACAAAAAAAUCUGUUAAAAAAAUCCCAUGUCCACCUCCAUUUCUUCUAAAUAAAAAUAGUAUGAAAGAAAAAUCCAAAUUUUCCUUAAAAAAAUGUCCACCUAAUUUUUCCUUAAAAAAGUCGGAAAAAAUACCAGAAAAAAGGCCAUUAGGAAUUAAAUUACAUUGGCAAUUAUUACCAACUCACAAAAUAGAAGGAACAGUCUUCAACGAAAUAAAACAUCAAGAAAUAAAAUAUAAUUUAAUUGAUACUAAAGCAGUUCAUAAAUUAUUUGCGAGAGUAAAAUCAGAAAAAAAAAUAAUAAAAAAAAAAGAAAUGGAAGAAAAAAAAAAAAACCCAGAUGAAAAAUUAAUUACAGUACUAGAUAGAAAUAGGGCUCAAAAUAUUGGUAUUCUAUUGAGAUUCCCCAUGAGUACACAAGAAAUAGUUGAUAAAAUAAAUGUUUUUGAUCUUGAAGAUAUGAGCAUAGAAUUUCUGCAAAAAGUAUUACACAUUUUGCCAACAAAAGAAGAAAGCGAUGGUAUACUGAAAAAAUUACAAAAUGAAAAUAUUAAACCAGAGAAUUUUAGAGAUGUCGAAAGGAAACUUAUCCCCUUUGUUAAUUUAGAUAAAUGUCGUCCUAAAAUUGAAAUUUCUUUAUUUUCUUUAAAAUAUGAAAAAAUGAUUAAUGAAAUAAAAAAUGAUUUAUUUGUUUAUGAUAAAGCUGUAAAAGAAGUAAGAUCAAGUGUAAGAUUAAGAUCUUUAUUAAAAGCUGUUUUAAAAUGGGGUAAUUAUGUUAAUUAUGGUAUUAAUGACAAUGAAGAUUUAGUAGCACUAGGAUUUACUCUAUCAUCUGUUUUAAAAUUAAGUGAAUUUAAAUCUUCUGUUGAUAGUUCAAUUACUUCUUUGCAUUAUAUUACUGUCACCUUAUGCAUGUAUCUACCAAGUUUAAAUAUGAAUUGGUUAGAAAAUGAUUUGGGAACAGUAUUAGUUGCAUCGAAAAUGUCGUCAGAAGCCGUUGAUAUUCUUUUAAUAUCUUUAGAUAAAGAAAUAAAUUUUAUUAAAACACAACUGAAAUCCAAUUACGAAGGUAUUUUUAAAGAAAAAAUGGAAAUUAUAUUAGAAGACAGUGAAAAAAAAUUUUUAAAAGUUCAAAAUAUGUAUGAAGAGACAAAAAAAUGUGUAUAUGAGUUGAGCAUUUAUUUAGGAGAAGAUAUGGCAAAGAAUGGUAAUUUAGAAAAUAUUUUUAUAAUAUUAUCAUCUAUUGUUGAUAAUUUUACAAAAUGUUACAAAGAUAUUCUAUCUAAUCCAAAAAAAUAUUCCAUAUUAUUAAAUGACCCAAACUUAUUAGAUGAUUAUUAUAGUGUUUUUAGUAAAAAAAAAAAUAAUUCAAAAUUAUCGAAUAUAUUAAAUAAAACGGUUACAAAAAAUGAACAAGUUUUAAAAACAGAAAAAAGUGAAUGUAAAUUAAAAAUUAACAAAUCUAAAAGUAGUUUAAAAAAUGAUAGCAGCAAAAGUGCAAUGUUUCAACUUAGAACUCAAUUGUUGAAUGAUAUACGAGAUAAAGCUGCCUUAAAAAGUUCAAAUAAACAUUUUAUUAGGAGUAACACUGAAAACUUGGAUAACCAAAAAUGUAAAGAGGAUAUAUCAGAAAAUAUUAAAGAAAAAGAAGAUAAUGAUAAAUAUAAAUACAAUGAACAUAAUAAAAAUAAAACAGAAAUUUUUAUUAAAAAUGCUGAUGAAGUAUAUAUAGAAAACUCUUACAAAAAAAUAAAUGAAAAUAAAAGUGUUAAUGAUAAAUUGAAUGAAAAUAAAGACAUUCAUGAUGAAAUACAUGAAAAUAAAAUUACUGAUGAUAAAAUACUUGAGAAUAAAAAUAUUGGUGAUAUAAUAAAUGAAAAUAAAAAUACUGAUGAUAUAAUAAAUGAAAAUAAAAAUACUGAUGAUAUAAUAAAUGAAAAUAAAAAUACUGAUGAUAUAAUAAAUGAAAAUAAUGAUAUUAAUGAAAUGAAAAAUGAAAAUGUUCAUAAAAUAUGUAAAUCUUAA